AUGGCGAUCCUGUGCUGGGGCCACGGGGGUGCGGGCCCGAGAAAGGCUCUAUCUCCUAGGACAGAGAAGAUGGAUGUUGACCUAGACUGGCCCAGUGUUUACCCUGUUGCGGCGCCAUUUAAACCCUCUGCUGCUCCAAUGCCUGUUCUAAUGGGGUAUCCAGUAAAGAAGGGCGUGCCCAUGGCAAAGGAGGGGAACCGAAAGCUUUUAAAGAUCCCGAAUUUUCUGCAUUUGACUCCUCUGGGGAUUAAAAGGCACCGUGAAGCUCUAGACGAUUUCUGCCCUGAGUGGACGGCUGCACGAGACUGUGAUGAGGAAUGUGAGAAGCAUUUUCCAACUGAGAUUGACGCCGCUGAUUCUGCGUCAUCAGGACCAUCUAUUCGAAACCCCAAAGCACGAGUGGUAACAUUAAGGGUUAAACUUUCAAGUUUGAAUUUAGACAGCCAUGGAAAGAAGAAACGCAUUAAACUUGCAGGAGAGCGGUUCCGCAAGACCGCUGAUGUCCUCACUGUCACCAGAGACAGAUGCCCUGUGAAGAGGCACAACUAUGACUAUGUGCUGUAUCUCCUCACAGUCCUGUACCACGAGGCGUGGAAAACUGAAGAAUGGGGAGAAAAUGGGACUGAGGAAGACAUGGAGGAGUGUGUGUGGGAAAAUAGCUCCUCGGAGAAAAAUGUUCUCCAGACCCUGCUGCAGAGGAGAGCUGCCGACAGCAGUGUGGCACCGAGCAGGGAGGUUGAAGACUACCAGAAGUGUGUAGUUCGAGUCAAGAAUGAGGGCGAGAACGAGGAGAUCCUCACUCAGUACAAAGAAUCUGUGAAGAGUCUGUUAAAUCUGGAGUGA